CACAUGUGCUGUGAGGUCAGAGUGCACAGUUCAUGGGACUGACGGAAAGAUGGUGGAAGGCAGCGAAAUCCGCGUGGUUCGCUGUGGUGGAAGCAAAAUAAACACGAGACCGCCGAUAAUCACUGUUGAUUCAAGGUUUUUACUAUGCGUGUCGGGGGAUCUAGUGAAAGUCUACAGCACCAAAACAGAAGAACUGGUGCGGGUUCUAGAGGGCCACACGAACCAGGUGACGGGAAUCGCCCUCAACCCGGCCAACCAUCUCCAGGUCUACUCCUGUUCAGCAGAUGGCACUAUAAUGCUGUGGGACUUCAUGGAUGGGAUUCUGAUCAAGACAUUUGUUGUCAGUUACCCGAUAUUGUCCAUGUACGUCUCCCAGAAACAUCAAGGGGUCAUUUUCGCUGUCCUCCCCAUGGCUAAUGCGAUUAACUCCGACUCUUUCCAGGUGGUGGCAGUGCAUCUGCCCAAGGUGGUGGAGGCAGAGGUGGACGCUCCUGAGCUCAGCGCUGUCCUCACAAACGUCAGCUCCAACCCCAGGUGCACCGCCUUCGGCAGAGAGGGUGAAUACCUGGUGUCAGGAAAGGGUCUGCAGCUCAGCAUAUUCUUUUUCAGAAAGCAGAAGACAUACAGAGUUUUCCUGAAGGCUUCGGAUAAGAAGGGGACCAAGAAUGGGUUCUCCUGUGUCGCCUGCCAUCCCAAGGAAGACUGCAUCGCCACGGGCCAUGAAGAUGGCAAGAUCCGUCUGUGGAGAAACUUUGACCACAAAAAGGAGUACACGUACACAACGAUUCACUGGCAUCACAACAUCGUCAACACUCUGUGCUUCACCCCAGAAGGCACUAAUCUGCUGAGUGGUGGUAUUGAGUCAGUGUUGGUCCAGUGGCAGUACGGGGACACCAAGAAAGCCAUGCUCCCGCGUCUAGGGGGCGCCAUCACGCACAUCUCGGUCUCUCGAGACGGCGCUCUCUACUGCACCUGUCAUUCAGACAACAAGAUAACACUCAUCCAAAGCAGCAUCAAGGUGUGUGGUAACAUCCAGGGCCUGGUCAAAGGUGAUGCCGUGCGCACAGACCUGCUGGUCGACCCCCGCAGUAAGGCCCUGGUGCUGAAUGGGAAACCGGGUCACCUGCAGUUCUACAAUCUCAAACGUGACCGCCAGCUCUACAAUCUGGAUAUAGUGCAGCAGGAGUACAUCUACGAGGAGGGUCUGGACCAGUAUGAGGUGGCGAUGGCCGCGUUCAGCAGCCAGGGCUCCUGGUUGGCCACGGUGGAGGAGCGCGGUCGCAAGCUCAGCGACCUGGAAUUCAGUCUCAAGCUCUGGGCGUUCGAUAGGAAAACGCAAAGCUUCUCUUUGAACACCACUGUGGCUGCCGCCCACAACGGCCAGAUUGGGUCCAUGUGCUUCUGCCCCAGUAGCAAGACCACCGUGCUGGUGACCACCUCCAAAGACGGCCACUUCAAAGCCUGGCUGCUCGGAGGAGACGUGGACGCAGAGAAAGCGGACGAGGGCGGUGAAGGAGACGGCAAUUGGUCAUGUGACUUUGUCGGCAGCUACCACGGCCUGCAGCCCACCCGCGGCAGCUUCUCGGCCGACGGCUCCCUGCUGGCCGUCAGCUUCAGCGAGGUCAUCACACUCUGGAGCCCCGACACCUGGGAGCUCCUGUCCACCCUCUGCCUCCCCCCAGGGGACGUCAGGGAUCUGUGUUUCGGGAGCCAGAGCUGCUCCAAGUACCUCCUCAGCACCACCACCAGGAACAUGCUCUGCUGCUGGAACCUUCUGACCUGUUCUUUGGAGUGGAGCACGUCCAUGGAUGUGGUGUUGCUCAAGCUUGACCCGCUCUCUGACAAUGUGGCAGCCUUCACCAAACAAGAUGGAAACACUGACUUGUUCGUCUUCAAGCCCAGUGAGCCACGGCCCCUCUUUACAAAGAAGGCCGUGUGCGUGGGGGAUGUGAGCCGUGCCAUCUUCGUGCCGCGGACUGAACCUUUGGACAGCUGUGAGGAGAGCGCCCAGUGGCUGAACCGCUCCCAACUGUACAUUCUCACAGAAAACAUGGACUUAUUGACACUUUGCACCAAAACAGAAGAGGACAAGAUGGCCGCUUUAAGUAAACAGCUUGUCGUCGAUAAGAGUGUCGCCGUGACGCCCUUCUACCUGUUGCUAGGCCAGCACAGGCGACAGCAGCAGGAAAAGCAGGAUGAUUCUGUCCACGGCGGUCUGGUGCAGAGGACGGCGUUGCCUCAGGGCUCUGUGGCCAUCAAAGAGCUGUUGCACACACCAGCUCAUGUCCUUCCCUCGGCCUCGUUCCUCUGCUCCAUGUUUGUCAGCUCUCUGCUUAUAUCUACGGCGGACAACAGCAGGGAGAGCGUUCCCCAAGAAGAGGAAAUGGACAGUGAGAAGGAGGAAGAGGAUUCCGAGGGGGAGCCGGAGCCGGAGUCUCGUGACGGCCAGCCUGACCCCGGCGGUGCCUCGGGCUCCGUGGUGGAGAGCGUGCCCAGACUCUCCAAGGCCCAGGAGAGGGACCUGCGGAGAGUGAGGAAAACAGACUACAGCUGGCUCAGCAGCCUAGUGGAGGCCUAGUAGAGGCCUAGCCUCACCAAACAUGACUAAGCAGACUGAGCUUUCUUUUUCCCUUUUUUUUUCUUUUUGUUUUUAUUUUGUUGGUCACAUUCAUCUGUCUUCCACACUCUUGGAAUCGAUCAAAAAGAUGUUCCGUUUCAGUAAAGUAACACGGUGGUGAAAUAAGCCCUUAAAUGUGUGGCUUUUGAGGGGCGUAACACAAAAUGCAAGUGUUUUGCAAAGGACUAAAGGACUUCAAACAAACAGCCAUUUCCAUUCUUGGAACACCUUCAGCCUACAGACAAGAUGGGGGUUAUGCAAGUAGCCCAACUGUAUGGCAUUCUCCCCUCUGGACUCAUUAUAUAUUUUCUUUUUCUGUAUUUUUUGUUAGUUUGUUUAUUUGUUUUUUAAAUAAAAAACAGGUUUUACAA